AUGUUGAAAAUGCAAGUAAUAGUUGGUUUGAAGAGAAUUCAAAUUACAUUUAAUAUAAUUUAUGCACUUGAUGAUAUUCAUGUGGAGGGUGCAAUUCAUAGAGAUUUGCAUUCUGGAAAUAUAUUAUAUGAAAAAAGAGAACAGAAUUGGUAUAUUAGUGAUUUUGGAUUUUGUGGCCCUGCAGAUAAAUCAUUAAAAAGUAUAUAUGGAAAUCUUCCUUACAUAGCACCUGAGGUUAUCGCUGGAAAACAGGCUACAAAAUCAUCUGAUAUUUAUAGUUUUGCUAUGCUUAUGUGGGAAAUUUCAUCUGGUCAACCACCAUUUCUUAAUUGCAAACAUGAUUAUGAUCUUAUAUUGAAUAUUAUUAAUGGUAUAAGACCAAGAAUAGUAUCAGGAACUCCUUUAGAAUAUGAAAGUUUAAUGAAACAAUGUUGGGAUGCUGAUCCAUUAAAAAGACCUAUGCUUAUAUACACUUUCUUUGUAGCAUUUUAUAGUAAAUAUAGUAAAUCAUAUGAUGACUUUCAAAUUCCUGAUAAUAUUGAUGAUUUUAAUAAAUCGAGUAAUUGGAAAAAUAAUAGUACAUCAAAGAUGAGUAGUAUUUUUAAAGCUAAUAGUAAAGAUGCUCAAAAUGAUUAUGAAAUUGAAACAAUGCAACAACAGAUUAAGAAUAUCAAUCUCGAAGACGAAAAUGAAAUACAUAAUAAUCCAAAUCUUCAUUCAGAAGAACAAGAUGAAUCUGAAAUUCCUGAAUCCUGAUAGUAUUUAAAUUUUUACAUGAUGUUAAAUUACUAAAUUU